UAAAAGUUUAGAGAUAUAGUCUAGAUACUUAUUCUAUUGAACAUAAAUUUUAAAGUUUGGAGACUAAACUAUUCAUUUUCUUGAGAUCCUAGUUUCAUUUAGGAUCGGUGGCCGAGAAGGUGGUGUACGCCAACGUAAACGUGCCGACGAUCUCGGCGGGUAGCCUGAUGCCUAAGGUGUAGUUAUCCGUGGGCCCAUGGACGCGGCCGCCGGCGGUACUUGUGGAUGGCCUUAACGAUCCCAACUCCGCUGAGCAAGGUUUACAACGGUUUUGAGGUUUACGCGCCAAAACAAAGUGCAAGAUGAUAUCAUAGAUGCAGCGUGGAAAUUUGUAUGCUUGGAAGCCGAGAAAAUGAAAGAAAAAUCUCGUUUUGUCGGAGAAAAUGCUCACGUCUCUAACAAAAUGAGAAAAAGAAGUUCAAGCUUCAACUUUAAGCCGAAGAGAGAGGAAGAAGAACCUGAAAUUCCAGCAGUAUAGUAAACAAUACCGUAGAUCAUUCCUCCAAAUGCCCAAGCAACGCCGAGAAUCCAGACUCCACCUCCUGGAUCCACAUCCAUGUUGCCGACACGAUCGAAUUGCAAUCACCGUCAACACAAUGACGUAGAGGAAAAGCAGAGUGGCUUGAACUCCGCAAUCAGAGCUCUGUAAAACGUCCACUUCGUAAUCUCCACGCCGUCGAUGAGCGGCGCCGUUGGCGGAUCGUGGUAGUUCUUCCUCGAUAACGAACCGCGCUCCGCUGCAUUCUUCGCCUUAAAGACAGAGAAAUCGAAAUCUUAACCCUAGGAGUGAUUUCGAAUGGAUGAAUGAAUCUGGUGCGAAGUUGGGGAGCGAAGAGAGCUGCAUUUAAUGAGAGGAAAUUGAAGAAAAAGAAGAGAAGCGGAGCAGUGAUUUUCAGCGGCUCCGACUCAUCGCUCUGCUCCGUACCACUUCGUCGUUCUGUCCCCACUCAGAACAAUGCCUUCACUGUUCAUACCACUAACUACAUUUCGUAGAGGGACGUAGCUUAGAAGUGAUAGCAUUUGCAUCUUUACUCUUACGGCCAUUGCCAUCUCUGAAACUGAAAGAUUCAAAGAAAGCUGCAGGAUUUGUAUAUAUAGCUCGAAAAUGGUGGUCCAAACGUGUGCUGGAUUUCUCAGUGAGAAGUCAAAACAAUGGCUGCUCAUUCCACAUUGCUCAGUUUAAUACUCAUUGGUCUGAUAGCAGUUUUUAUCUUCUCUGUUGAGCAUACAGUUUCAUCCUUUGUUGAAGGUGAUGGGGAUGGAGAUGAUCAGCAAUUUGAUUUCUCAGUUGAGGAUGUCCCUGAGAAUCAUUUCACGUACUCGGACAUGAGUAACGGGUUUGAUGGAGUGGUUCAAAAGAAGAAUGAUGCUUGGAGUAUGGUGGAGACAAGACAGAACCAGUUUGUAGUAGAUGGCCAACCGUUCUAUGUUAAUGGUUUCAACACUUACUGGUUGAUGGUAUUUGCAGCGGAUCAAUCCACAAGAGGAAAGGUCACAGAAGUGUUUAAACAAGCUGCUUCUGUGGGAUUUACAGUUUGCAGGACUUGGGCCUUCAAUGAUGGCCAGUGGAGAGCUCUUCAAAAAUCUCCAUCUGUGUAUGAUGAAGAAGUCUUCAAGGCAUUAGAUUUUGUGAUUAGUGAAGCAAAGAAGUAUAAGAUAAGGCUGAUAUUAUCAUUAGCAAACAAUUGGGAAGCAUACGGUGGCAAAGCACAAUAUGUGAAAUGGGGAAGAGCUGCUGGCCUCAAUUUGACAUCUGAUGAUGAUUUCUUCUCUGAUCCAACUCUCAGAAGCUACUAUAAGGCUCAUGUUGCGACGGUGCUUAAUAGAGUGAACACAUACACAAAUGUAAUGUACAAGGAAGAUCCGGCCAUUUUUGCCUGGGAACUAAUGAAUGAACCUCGUUGUACAUCGGAUCCUUCUGGCGACAAACUACAGGGAUGGAUUCAAGAAAUGGCUGUGUUUGUGAAGAGCAUGGAUCCAAAGCAUUUAGUGGAGGUUGGUCUGGAGGGAUUUUAUGGCCCAUCCACACCCAAUAGAGUUCAGUUGAAUCCUAAUACGUAUGCUCAACAAGUUGGAACUGAUUUCAUCAGAAACCAUAAAGUUCUUGGUGUUGAUUUUGCUUCAGUUCACAUUUAUGCAGAUACAUGGGUUUCUCCAUCCGUCUCGGAUACCCAUCUCCAAUUUACCAAAUCAUGGAUGGACGCUCACAUAGAGGAUGCAGAGAAGUAUCUCGGCAUGCCAGUCAUCUUCGCCGAGUUCGGGGUAUCAUCGAAGGAUCCCGGAUACAACUCGACUUUCAGGGACGCAGUUCUUAACUUGGUAUACAAGACCUUGUUGGGUUCAACAAAGAAAGGAGGGAGUGGAGGAGGAAGCCUGGUGUGGCAGCUAUUCCCUGAUGGAACUGACUACAUGGAUGAUGGUUAUGCAAUUGUGCUCUCCAAAUCUCCUUCAACCUCAAACAUAAUAUCUCUGCAUUCCACAAGAUUGUCCAUCUUCAACUCCAUUUGUUCCAUGAGAUGUCGUUGGGGUUGUAAGAAGAAAAAUCUUAUGGAUCUUAUCUUUCCCGACCACCAUGAUCAUGAUGAGAUGUAACGUGAACGAACUCAUGGUCGAGAAUACAGGUAUUCCAUCCUUAUGGAUUAUUCAGAAGGCUACAUCUGAAUUCCUUGUAUCAUAAAUAAGAACUUUCUUGAUUUUAUGAUCUUGCUUUUAGUUAACUACAUGGUCGGCCUCUCUUUGCA